AUGUUUUAUUUCGACCCCCACUGUAUAUUCCAAAAUUGUGAUCUUGUCGCUAUUAAACUAGUAUCUAUCUAUCUAUCUAUCUAUCUAUCUAUCUAUCUAUCUAUAUCAGUCUGUUCAUCUAUCUAUCUAUCUAUCUAUCUAUCUAUGUCAUCUAUCAGUUAUCUAUCUAUCUAUCUAUCUAUUAUCAUUAUCUAUAUCAUCUAUUAUCAUCUAUCUAUUAUAUCAGUCUGUUCAUCUAUCUAUCUAUCUAUCUAUCUAUCUAUCUAUCUAUCUAUCUAUCUAUCUGUUGUCAUUUCAUAUCAGUUAUCAGUCCCAUUCUCUUCGUAUCUAUCUAUCUAUCUAUCUAUCUAUCUAUCUAUCUAUCUGUUGUCAUUUCAUAUCAGUUAUCAGUCCCAUUCUCUUCGUAUCUAUCUAUCUAUCUAUCUAUCUAUCUAUCUAUCUAUCUAUCUAUCUAUCUGUUGUCAUUUCAUAUCAGUUAUCAGUCCCAUUCUCUUCGUAUCUAUCUAUCUAUCUAUCUAUCUAUCUAUCUAUCUAUCUAUCUGUUGUCAUUUCAUAUCAUUUAUCAGUCCCAUUCGUAUCUAUCUUCGUAUCUAUCUAUCUAUCUAUCUAUCUAUCUAUCUAUCUAUCUAUCUAUCUGUUGUCAUUUCAUAUCAUUUAUCAGUCCCAUUCUCUCGUAUCUAUCUAUCUAUCUAUCUAUCUAUCUAUCUGUUGUCAUUUCUAUCAUUUAUCUAUUCUAUAUCUAUCUAUCUAUCUAUCUAUCUAUUUAUCUAUCUAUCUAUCACGGAUUAA